ACAAGAAACCAAAACUAGUCUGAGAAGAAAUGGGAAGAUCUCCUUGUUCUGAAGAAAACUCCGUCAAAAAGGGUCCAUGGACUCCUGAAGAAGAUCAGAAGCUCACUGAUUACAUUCAGAAACAUGGCCAUGGAAGUUGGAGAGCUCUCCCUAAACUUGCAGGCCUGAAAAGAUGUGGAAAGAGCUGCAGACUGAGAUGGACGAAUUAUCUGAGACCAGAUAUCAAGAGAGGAAAAUUCUCGAACGAAGAAGAGAACACAAUUCUUCACCUUCACUCCAUUCUUGGAAACAAAUGGUCUGCAAUAGCGGCACAUCUACCGGGGCGUACAGAUAAUGAGAUCAAGAAUUACUGGAAUACACAUUUGAAAAAGAGACUAAUCCAGAUGGGUAUUGACCCGAUGACCCAUCAACCAAAAACCGACUUGUUUUCUUGCUUACCACAACUAAUUGCACUAGCUAACCUCAAAGAGUUGCUUGAACAUACUCAGUUAGCUCAUAACCUCCAAUAUCUUAACCUUUUGAGACAGCCGACCAUCAUCGCUAAUAAUCCUGACUUAGCGACGGCAUUAAAUGCAACUAAUUUUAUGGUUACAAAUCCAGAACCAAACCCAUAUUUUUCUAAUGAUUCUCUACAAGUAGGUCAAGGAAGGGUAGAAAUGUCCGAUUUUUUCUCUGUGGAAAAUGCUCCUGUUGGUGGUGGUUGUUCGCAACCACUCCAACAACAAGUCCCUAUUGAUCAAGAAGUUGUGGGCCAGUGCCAGAUGGGACUUAUGAGCGACAAAUCAUCAUCUUCCACGUGGAAUCCUCUUCCGCCAUUGAAGGACUCGUCAGGCAGCAACAAUACUAACUCACAGGAGAACAGCAGCACCGUUAGCUACGGUGGCGGAGGAGCUUCUGCACUCAACUGGCCGGAUUUUAUUUUUGAAGAUUCAUUCUUGGAGGAUAAUUUGAGUGAAAUACGUCAAAUUUAAUGAAAACGUUUACUCAUGCACGGGUAGAUUUUGAAAGCCCAUUGACAGUUGUACGUUUUAAGUUUUAACUACCAGAGGUCGUGGAUGUGCAUUGCGGGUUGUAAGAUAUGGCAUGCUGCUUCAUGGAUGGCCAUGCAUGCAUGGCAUUUGUUUUUCCUUUUUGUAUUUUGUGAUGCAUUACGUGAAUAGCAAGCAAUUGAUGGCAUAUGUAAACGAGGGU